GUCCGUAUCUCAUUGCUGGCAAACAAAUUUCAAACUUCAAUGGACGUGGUCCAAUCCCCAUCCCCUAGUUCACCUGCGGAUCAGCCCCGCUCCACGAUCGCUCAUUCCCCGGCUCUGCUGCGUCUGCGUGCAUAGAAAGCACAACACUGAACUCUACGGCACACGCCACUUUCCAGCUCUCUCUCUCUCUCUCUCUCUCUCUCUGAAAAAAUGACCAUGCCCAUUGUUUCGCCAAUUUUCUCGGGAAAAUGGCCCGGAAAAACUGCCGAAUUCCUUGUAUCAGCCAUGAGUUCCAUUGUCUUCCUUUUCCUUGACUUCCUGGACAUUCUUCUCUGCGACUUCUUCAAAAUUGUGGACGAAUUCUUCGAAGGAAAGGCCGGCCCAUGUUACUGUCACAACAGGGGAGAGGGACGGGCGGGCGCGGUCGACGAGAGAGGAAGCGAAGCGUCAGAGACUCUGUACGGAAGGAAAAAUGUGUUCAGGGAAAUGGGUUCCGUCCGAUUCCCGAGAAAAUCGGAGGGGUUUGCGAAGAAUGGAGGCGGGAAUGGGAUUGUGGGGAAUAGGUGGUCCGAUUGUGGGUGUGAGUCCUGCGUUUCGUGGAUGAGCAUUGGCGAUCAGAGGCUUCAUGUUGUUGUAAAAGAACCAUCAGAAGAUGCCUUUGGGAGAGAUUGCAGCAGUAAGCCAACAGAAAAUGUGAUAUUCUUACAUGGGUUCCUCUCAUCGUCCUUAAUUUGGACAGAAAUGGUGUUUCCUAACCUGUCUGAACCCACAAAGCGUAACUACAGAUUAUUUGCCUUGGACCUCUUAGGGUUUGGAAGAAGCCCGAAGCCAAGAGACUGUUUGUACACUUUGAGAGAUCACCUGGAAAUGGUUGAGAAAUCGGUCAUCGAUGCUUUUCAGUUGAGUUCUUUCCAUUUGGUUGCACACUCCAUGGGCUGUAUAGUUGCAGUAGCAUUGGCCGCAAAGCACUCCAAGUCUGUUAAAUCUAUCACCCUGUUAGCACCACCCUACUUCCUGUCUCCUAAAGAUGGUGCUAGCUUGACAGCACUUAGAGGGCUGACGGACAGGAAAUUAUGGCCACCGUUGCUGUUUGGAUCCGCGGUUAUGGCAUGGUAUGAGCAUUUGGGUAGAGGUGUAUGUUUCCUCUUCUGUCGGAACCAUAGGGCGUGGGAGUGGAUUUUGAAGCUGCUAACGAGAAGAAGGGAUCUACAUUUCAUGUUCACCGACAUGACCAGGCACACUCACCAUUCGGCUUGGCACACCAUGCACAAUGUGAUAUGUGGGGGAGCAAAAUCAAUGGACGAGUUCUUGGAAUCUUUGAGAGAUUCAAAAGCGAAGAUCCACGUAAUCCAAGGUGCUGAAGACCAUGUCGUCCGUGUGGAAUGCAGUAGCAACAUCAAGAUGAAAGUUCCACAAGCAGAGGUUGAGAUUAUUGCCAAUGCUGAUCAUAAUACUAUAAUCCUCAAUAGAGAGAGAGAAUUUACUCGGAAUUUGGAGCGUAUUUGGGCAUCAACUGCUGAUAACAAAAUAGCGGCCAGAAUGUUGUUCUAGAAAUGGCUAUACUUGGAAAACUUCCAUGUUUUUCUUGUCCCUGAUACACUUGGACUAUGCAUUUUUUGGCUCAUCGAAAUUGAUGAGAGAAAACAUUUUCUUGAUAUGAUUCAUUGUACGUUUGUACGUAUGACGUCUUUUUC